AUCUUUUGCACUUAACUUUGCUCCAGUUCAAACAUGGCCGUCAAGUUUGGCAACGAUAAGGGGGGUCGAUAAUUUUAACAAAUUCUUUUUAUAAGCAAGUUUUACACGGAUAUUUUAACUACAUGGAGACUUACAGGGUUUUAAAGAAACAUUUUGUUGUGAAAUAGUGUAUUUAUACUAUCUGGAAAGAUUUGAAUUAUACCAGGUAAACAUAGAAUAAUUGCUAACGAUUGCAAGAGGAAAAUUGACCUAUUCGGCUAUCUCGAAAGGAAAGUGAUAGCUUUAUUGAAGAAUGGCCGAUGAAAAUGAUAUUAUUGGGAGUGCUUCCGAGUUCAUUAAAGAUCGACUAUAUUUUGCUACAUUAAGAACGAAGCCAAGGUCUACAGCACACACCCAUUAUUUCUGUGUAGACGAUGAGCUUGUGUAUGAAAAUUUUUAUGCAGAUUUUGGACCAUUGAAUUUGGCACAACUGUACAGAUAUUGUUGUAAACUGAAUAAAAAGCUAAAGUCUUUUUCACUUGCAAAGAAGAGGAUCAUUCACUACACAAGUUUUGAUGCUAGGAAGCGAGCUAAUGCUGCAUUUCUCAUUUCAGCAUAUGCAAUAAUAUAUUUGAAGAAAACCCCAGAGGAAGCUUAUCGACCAUUAGUAGCUGGUUCAAAUCCCCCGUUUCUUCCAUUUAGGGAUGCAUCAUUUGGGGCCUGUUCCUACAAUCUAACAUUACUAGACUGUUUGCAUGGACUCAGUAAGGCAUUGGCUAAUGGUUUCUUCAAUUUUGAAACAUUUGAUGUGGAUGAAUAUGAGCAUUAUGAGAGAGUUGAAAAUGGGGACCUUAAUUGGAUCAUUCCUCAUAAAAUGGUGGCUUUUAGUGGGCCCCAUGUCAAGAGCAAAAUGGAGGAUGGGUACCCACUGCAUGCUCCAGAAGCAUACUUCCCAUACUUCAGGAAGCAUAACGUGACCACAAUUGUGAGGUUAAAUAAGAAGAUUUACGAUGCCAGGCGGUUCACAGAUGCAGGCUUUGAUCACUAUGACCUAUUUUUUAUUGACGGGAGUACACCUAGUGAUAAUAUAGUCAGGCAGUUCAUAGAAUUAUCUGAAAAUGCAGAAGGUGCUGUUGCUGUACAUUGUAAAGCUGGUCUAGGACGUACAGGAACUUUAAUAGCUUGUUACAUGAUGAAGCAUUACAAAUUCACUGCUGCAGAGUGUAUAGCAUGGUGCAGAAUUUGUCGGCCGGGCUCCAUAAUAGGGCCUCAGCAAAACUUCUUGGAGGAGAAGCAGUCACUAAUGUGGAUGCAGGGAGACCUUUACAGGGCCCGCAACAAGGAUGACAAACGACGAGAAAGACACCACAGUGUCUCCAAGAUUCUGACCACAAUGGACGAUAUGCGCAUUCAAGAUGCCAUAGAGUUAGAAAACUAUCGGUCAGACGAAAAUGAUGAUUACUUGUAUAGUGGUCCCAUUACGAGAGGCAGCAUGAUAGAAACUCAGGGCGACAAACUAAAUCAGAUGAAGCUGCUACGGCAACACCACUCUCGGUCUGCGACCACUGGAGCAUUAGGGCAUGAAGAUGGGAAAGGUCACAAAAGGUCGACCACCCAAGUCUACAGGACAAGCGGUACCAAAAGUGCUCACUCUUCAGCGGCUCCCAUGUCUCCACUUAAAGCCUCCAAAGUUAGCACCGUCAUUAACAACCAUGCCUCCUCAGUCAAGCGGAGUACCAGGCAUGGUACAGGCUCAUCCAGUGCCAAAAGAAAAUACCACUCGCAUACAUAUAAUCUGAGGAAAGCCUUGGCUGCUAGCUCAAGCCGAUAUGAUGACUACAUAGAUAAUAGGCCAUACAACAAGGAUCAUUAUAAAAGCAACCUGUACAAAACUUCUGAUGUCUUGGCUUCCACUGGCAGCGAUUGGCCCUACAAAUUUCGCUCCUCUACAAUCAGUCCCUCAUACUCGAAGUACUAAAGCAGCCGUUAUACGAUGACGCCUUGUUGGAUUCUGAAUGUUCAUCUAUCUGUGAUAAACAUUUUCUUUGUGUCUAUGCAGGCCUGGAAAAACAAGGGGAAGUAGUCAUUUCAGUAACUAAAGCCUGUUGCUGAUUUUUUCUUAAUAACUGGAGCAACGUGAUAGGAAAAGGAUUUUUACGUAACAGAUGAAUGGAGAAUUUGUCAAAUUUGUACAUAAUGAAUUAUUUAUUGCCUGAUUCAAUAUGUCACCUGUUAUUGGAGUUUUGCACUGUACAAUAUGCUUUAUUGAUUGCAUUUGAAAAAAUAAGUCAGUACUAUUUCUGUUCUUAAAGAUCAUUUUGCUGAAUGUGAUUUUACUGUGAAAAUACACCAUUAUUAACCACUGUUAGAGGCAAUACAUUUCAUCAAAUGUAAAAAUCUCAUUGUUAUGAAGUGAAACAUUAUUGUAACGUACCAGUAUUUGUUUGACAGAUGUUUUACUAAAGUCAAAAUUCUUUGAUCUUUUAAUUCCUCAUCUGACAACACCACUCUUUUUGGUGUUUCUGUUAAUGUUUUUUAAUGGUAUUUGGUGUUGAGAUUGUUUUUAAAGCCAGUAGAUAAGAUAUGUUUUGCAAAGAAAAUACCUCCGAAGACUAAGUCUUUCUAAAUUGGAGUGUAAUUAGCACCGUGUGUUGGUUGAUAUCUGGUAGUGCUGUUUUAAUUUAUUGUUGUUGAUAAUUUAUAAAAAAGGGGAAUUAAAAAACACCACUGAAAUUUUUUAUUAAAAAUGUUGAAGCAAAAAUUUACUCAGAUUUCUUUUUUUUAUGAUAAAAAAAAAAUAAAAUGUAUAUUUAUAUUUAUCUUACUGCUAUGCCAUUAAUUAGUACAUGUAUUUGUUUUUACUUUUUUUUAACAGAAAGUGUGUUUGCAUGAAAUCAAACUUUUCUCCUUUUUCCUUCUUUUUAUAAAGAACAUAAAUAUUUCAAUCAUCAGAGAUGACCUAUAUAUAGAUUUCCAUUUUACAUUUAUAUUGUAUAUGCCUAUUUUUAUACCCCUCUUUAGAAUUUUAUAUAUUUUAGGUUUACAACCACUUUGGCAGAUUUGUUUUUUGUGAAGGUUGAAAAUGGUCUUUCCUAUACAAAGGCCAUUUGUAAUGAGAUGCAUGAGUUUAUAGUCACAGUGUCUGCACUCUGCUCUUUGUGGUUUUUAGUUGACCCUUUUUUGCACCCUUGCUUAAACAUUAGAUGAUAUAGAAAUUAAAACUAUUUUUACAUUGUUGAGAAUACAUGUAGUUUCAUUUCAGCAUUCUACUUCUGACAGCUAGUCAAUAGGCAUCUUGGUUGUAACUAUGUGGUGCAGUUGUGUUAACAUGGCUGAGCCAAAAACUGACAUGAUUCAUUAAAUAAAACCUUCUUCAUUUUUUCCCCUCUCGUUUCAUUGAAAUUUUGAAUAGAAACCCAAGUGUAAAAAGUCAUCGAAUUCAUCUUUUUCCAAGCCAUGUGUACACGGUAUGUUAUAUUUUGUUGUUACACAGAAUGGGUUAUAUUUAUGUAUUCCUCAUGUUUUUUUUCUGUGUUCAGUUGUAAACUAUUUGUUGAUUUUAAUUUUUGUAGAAAACAAAAUAAGUAGACCACCAUUUCUAACCUUUUCUCAACAUUUUUAAGAUAAUAUCUGUAAAAAGAAUUACUAUUUUGAAACUGAAUAUUAACUGUGACUAAAAUUUCUGUCAGUCUGUAUGUCAGUCUCGCUUCAAGAUGAUGCACCCGUAAUUAAUCUAAAUAAUUAUAAAAAUCAUAUUUAUGCUGUAAAUAAUACAGAAAAAAUUAAAUAUAUUAUAGUUUCAAUGAAGAAGUAUUUUAUACAACCAUUGUUUUAGUUAUAUGAAAAAAAAAAAAAUGAACAAUGAAUAAAACACUUCUAUCUA